CCGCGUCAGAGUGUAUCGCGAUUGGGGCCUAUUGUAGGAAUAGAAAAAUGGCUGACUUUUAGCAAAUAUUGCGAAAACAGAAGGAAUAUCAUACUCUCAGUAUUUUUCCCUGAUAUAAACUGAGACAUGGCCGCACCGGUCGUUACUUCAAAGUCUGAAUUCCAUGUUGGUGGAAAAUACCGGCUUGUUAGAAAGAUUGGUAGUGGUUCUUUUGGUGAUAUAUACUUGGGCAUCAACAUAACAAAUGGUGAGGAGGUUGCCGUGAAGCUUGAGUCACAGAAAGCUAGACACCCUCAGCUGCUAUAUGAAAGUAAAGUGUACAAAAUUUUGAUGGGAGGAGUCGGCAUACCUCAUAUACGAUGGUAUGGCCAAGAGCGUGACUAUAACGUACUUGUAAUGGACCUGCUAGGACCGAGCUUGGAAGAUCUCUUUAACUUCUGCUCGAGGCGUUUCACGAUGAAGACGGUGCUAAUGCUUGCCGAUCAGAUGAUUGGGCGUAUUGAGUAUGUGCACAACAAAAAUUUCAUACACCGUGACAUCAAGCCAGACAACUUCCUGAUGGGUAUUGGUCGUCACUGCAAUAAGUUAUUUUUGAUCGACUUUGGGUUGGCAAAAAAGUACAGAGACAACAGGACACGACAGCACAUCCCCUACCGAGAAGAUAAGAACCUUACAGGGACUGCCCGCUAUGCCAGCAUAAAUGCCCAUCUCGGUAUUGAGCAAAGUCGACGAGACGACAUGGAGUCACUCGGCUAUGUGCUGAUGUAUUUCAACAGGACAAGUUUGCCCUGGCAGGGUUUAAAGGCAGCAACUAAGAAGCAGAAGUAUGAGAAGAUUAGCGAAAAGAAGAUGUCGACGCCCGUGGAGGUACUCUGUAAGGGUUUCCCGGCCGAGUUCUCCAUGUAUCUCAACUACUGUCGCGGCCUGCGCUUCGAGGAGGCGCCGGACUACAUGUACUUGCGGCAGCUGUUCAGGAUCCUGUUCCGUACAUUGAACCACCAGUACGACUACACGUUCGACUGGACCAUGCUGAAGCAGAAGGCCGCUGCCGCCGCAGCGACGGGCCCAAGCACCAGCGCAUUGCCAAACCCGACAGGUCGUUGAUAAAAAGAAUUAGUCAAGAUCUCGGAUGUACAGAACUGGAGCGACCAAGUGUACCUAAGAGGAAACUGUGCAUACCUACUGUUACGUGUUGGUGGUAGAACUACAGAAAUUCACAUUGCUUUUGUCUGUAUGUAUGUAUGUAUGUAUAUGUAUAUGUAUAUAUAUAUAUAUACAUAUACAUACGAUACAUCGUAC